UAAACCACAACCAACGCCAAAGAGUGGUGCCGGUCGUCAGUGCAAAGUGGCUAGAAUUCGAUUUCUGUGAAAGCUGCGCCCUUUCGAGUUUCAGUAAAACUUAAAAUUUAACCAGAAUGGAUGUGUUAAGCGGAAGAUAUGUGCGGAUAUUCGGCUUAAUUUGUGUGUGCGUGUUUAUAUACAAUUACAUCGGCGCAAGAAUAAGCUUCGAUGUGGAAAAGCCUGAGGUUUCUCUACAGCAAUGGUGGGGCGAUGGCGAUCCGCCAGACGACUGGGCCGCAUAUUUAAAGAACACAUCCGAGGUGAUCGGCAAUAAGCUGAUGUACCCGGAUGCGACUAUUGAUGAUCUACGUGAACAGUUGAAUCGCACACUGCGUUUGACCGAGCCAUUGGAGAACUCUAAUUUUAAAAAUGGUUUUAACACUAAAGAAUUGCAAAAAAUCGUCAAAUAUUGGCGCGAUAAGUACUUGCCACGUUGGCGCGAACGUGAAUUAUUCCUAUGGCAAUUCAAUCAUUUCACCACCGAAAUUCAAGGCUUGCGUAUGCAUUUUUUACAUUUGAUGGUUUACGAUGAGAACAAAGUGGGCAAACAUCAUUAUCCAGUGCUCCUUCUGCAUGGCUGGCCCAGCUCAAUACGUGAAUUUUACACUCUCAUACACAAACUCCAUCAGACACACUUAGAUAAAAACAACAAAUACAUUUUCAAUGUGGUGGUUCCCAGCUUACCGGGCUUUGCAUGGUCGCAAGGAACAUCGAGAGAGGGCCUAGGUCCGGUUGAAGUGGCCGUCAUGAUGCGCAAUCUGAUGCUGCGGUUGGGCUAUAACAAAUUCUUCAUUCAGGGUGGCGAUUUGGGAUCGUUAAUUGGUUCUCAUAUAGCUACCCUAUUUCCAGAGAAUGUAUAUGGAUACCAUUCUAAUUUAUGCACUGUGCUCACGGGUAGAUCUUUCAUGAAAGGCUUUUUUAAUAUAAUGUUUACGAAUUUCUUCGGUACGCAUGGAUUUGAGGAAAACAUUUUCCCACAUACGAAACUAUUAAAACAUUUAGCUGAAGAAACUGGCUACUAUCAUCUGCAGGCUACGAAACCUGACACGAUUGGGGCUGUGCUCACCGAUAAUCCCGUCGGCUUGGCUGCUUACAUAUUGGAGAAAUGGUCGUCUCUAACCAAUAGAAAUUAUAAAUUGUAUGUGAAUGGCGGCUUGAAUGAGCGUUUCACCUUAGACGCACUUCUCGAUAAUGUAAUGAUAUAUUACUUGACUAAUUCUAUAACAACUUCGUCGCGCAUAUUUGCUGAAAACUUUUCUCAGCAACAAAUUAGCCUGCAAAUGAAUCGGGUUCCGACAGAUGUGCCAACUGGUUGUGCGCGUUUCAAGCAUGAUUUUAUACACUGCCAGGAUAGUCAGUUGAAGGAUAAAUAUCGCAAUUUAAUUCAUAGCACAUAUUUUAAAGAAGGUGGCCACUUCAUUGCACUGGAAAUGCCCGAGUUGUUGCACGCGGACUUCAUAGAAUUUGUCAAAAAAGUAGAGAAAUUUAGCAAACUCAUUUAGCUGAAAGGUUAGUUCAAAUAUAGAUUAAUUUAAGUCUCUUAAAACAGAUUAAAAACAGAUAAAAAUAAAACGGGCUUACACAUCUAAGGUUAA